AUAAUAUAUUAAGGAAUUUAAGUUUUAAUUUUAGUCUUUCGAUCACGCUUUUGUAAAAUAUUAUAUGACAAUAAUUUUUUAUGUUAUAUCGUUUAAUUAGGAAGAAUCUGCAAUAAAUAGAUAUCUAAAAUAAAGCCAAGGUCAAUGAAAUACCAAAGUGUGCUUAUUGUAAAAUGGUAUUAAGGUUUAUAUGCAUUCUUGGAAUAUGCAGCGGUUUUACAAGUUUUGCGUCGUGUUUCCUUUUACCAACAGUAUCACCUACAGAUGCGGAUGUUUCAGAAGAAUGGAGUGCAUGGACUAUUAUCCGCACAAAUCCUUGCCUUCGUCUUAGGACUAGGCACUGUGCAAAUACAUCUGUUGACUGCACAAACAAAGAAUUUGCCCUUUGUCCAGUCGUCCCUCUUUGGGAAGAAUGGAGUCCGAUACACUGUACAGUCCAUAACGGAAGAACAUGCAUCAUUGCUAGAACCAGAAAUUGUUCUGUGCCGACACUUAAAGACUGUCAGAGUAAUGAGAAGAGUCGUACAAUACAAGUUUGGGGAGACAUGAAAACGUGUCCUUGCAGAGAAGAGAGUUCAAUCAAACCUUCAUGGUCAGAGUGGGGGCAGUGGGAAUGCCAUAGGGAACAAAUUACAUGCGUAUUGUAUCGGCACAGACGUUGUAUUGGUGGGCAAGAAAUGGACUGCGAGAAGAUUGGCGAUAAAUCUUAUGAGAUGAAGCCAUGCUAUGACAUCUGCAAAAGUUCAUUCGUAAAGACAACAACAACUGAAGUACCAGAUGCAUCAGCAACAUUUGUUCCUCCAUUAUUGACGUCAACACAAACCUCUUCCCCUAUGGCUGCCCCUUCAUCAGUACCGCCUACUUCUCCUCCUACUGCUGCCCCUUCACCAGUAUGGCCUACUUCUCCUACUGCUGCCAUUUCACCUGUACCACCUAUUUCUUCUCCUACUGCUGCCCCUAUUUAUUGGUUUGAAUGGACAGGCUGGGACUGUCAAGAAACACUGGGUCUGUGCUUAAUGAAAAACAUAAGAAAUUGCUCAACUUACAAUCCAGAUGACUGUGAGGAUAAACUGGGAGGCAGCCAUUAUGAAAUUCAUAAAUGCAGAAGAGAAAUAUGUCCAGCUAAUUGGUUACAGUGGGGAGAAUGGAAGUGUUGGAUGGGAUAUAACGGCUCUUGUAAUAUGACACGGACUAGGGAAUGUUCAACAGGUAUUUCCCUUGCAUGUGGACCAAUAUCAUCUAUGACAUUACCAUGUGCAAAACAAGUUUGUCCAGACAAGGUCGAGCUACAUGAGUCAGGCAGAUGCAUAGGCUAUAAUGAUACUAGUUGCACAGAUGCCUCAAGUUGCACCAUCAUUACUGAUCCACAUGAGUUAGUUUGUCAGUUUAAAGAUACGGCAGCUAAAUAUUGUCCAAAGGCAUGUGGUUGUUGUGAAGAUGAGCCCCACUGGUCGAAAUGGAGUGACUGGGAAUGUAAUAUGUUGCCAAACAACACGUGCAGAAUGAAACAGACAAGGAAAUGUUCAACUAAUGAUACAAAUGAAUGUAAAGGAAUGUCUGAAGUAAUAGCAGCCUGUUCUGACAGCAUUUGUCCAGCUUUAUCUACUCACGUGUCAACAAUUUUGCCAACCACAACUGGGUCUACAUCAACGUUGACAACAGCUCUGAGUUCGGCACAAUGGUCUGAAUGGUUUUAUGGAAAGUGUUCUGUUAGUUGUGGUAAUGGAACAACAAACAGACUGCGGCAUUGUAAUACCGGACGUGACGUGGAUUGUGCAGGGAAGCCAUUUGAGACAGUCCCUUGUACUGCCAGCAACUGUCCAGUCGAUGGGGUAUGGUCUGAAUGGACACGAUGGAGCACGUGCACCAAGACCUGUGGUGAUGGGAUGCACACACGGAUAAGGAAGUGCGACAAUCCUGCUCCACAACAUGGUGGAUUACAGUGCAGUGGAGUACACAACGAAACAACUGCCUGCAGAUAUAUGGAUUGUCCUCACUGGUUGGCUUUUCAGAAUAUUACAUCAUGCAGCGUAACAUGUGGUACGGGCUUCGUACAACUGAAACGGUACUGUAGUACAGGGAAUCAGUCUGAUUGCACCGGAAGUGCUCACAUAGAGAUGCCAUGCAAUUUACAGAAAUGCUUGUAAAUUAGCAACAAUUUCUGUUUUGCAAUAGAAUCUUAGUAUUAAGAA